UCCAUCCUAUCCUCUUGAUGGCAGCAAUGCAUUGAACUUGGUUGAGGCUUCCCAACAGGCGAAAGAGGAACUACUGCGUCAUCCUGUUUACUAAAGUGGUUGAAGAAGCUAACGUGCUUCUUGUGACCUAGCCAGUUAUUCCUCUUGUCUAGCUGUUCUUGGAUUGCAGAGGCUGAAAUCAUGCCUGUCUUCACAAUCAUGGAAACAAUGUCAGUUCUGCGGUAUUUGACGCGGUAAUUUAGGAGCACAUAACUUGCAUAGCUAGUUGCAAAUAUGGAUGUUUGCUUUCGGAACUAGCUGUCCUAGCUAGUUUGUGUUAGCUGCUUUGCGCAAGGCCGCUAGAUCUCUCAAGGUGCAAUCAUCUAUCAGAACUACCAUCAUGACUCGUGAUAUCGUGAUUGGAGACGAACUGCCUGACUGGGCAGGAGCAAAGGAGUUUUACCAGAAGUAUGAUCCCAAGGAAGUGAUUGGCAGGGGUGUCAGCAGUGUGGUGCGCCGGUGCAUCCGCAAGCAGACGGGGCAGGAGCUGGCUGUGAAAAUCAUUGAGAUCACUGCUGAGAAGAUGACUGAACAGCAGCUGGAUGAAGUGAAAAAUUCCACGCUGAAGGAGAUCCACGUUCUUAACUUAAUCAAAGGACACCCUUCUAUCAUUACUUUGAUUGAUUCCUAUGAGUCAGCGACCUUCAUAUUUCUAGUAUUUGACCUUAUGAGAAGAGGAGAGCUGUUUGACUAUCUGACUGAAAAAGUGACCCUUAGUGAGAAAGAAACCAGGAGUAUGAUGCGCGCUCUGCUGGAGGCUGUGGAGUAUCUCCAUUCGCUCAAUAUCAUCCACCGAGACUUGAAACCGGAAAACAUCCUCCUGGAUGAUCAAGGGCACAUCAAACUCUCCGACUUUGGCUUCUCAGUGCAGCUACAACCCUCCGAGCAGCUCAGAGAGCUCUGUGGGACCCCUGGUUACCUGGCCCCUGAAAUACUGAAAUGUUCCAUGGAUGAGACCCACCCUGGAUACGGGAAGGAAGUUGACCUCUGGGCUUGUGGUGUGAUCCUGUUUACGUUGCUGGCAGGGUCCCCGCCCUUCUGGCACCGCAAGCAGAUGCUGAUGCUGCGGAUGAUCAUGGAGGGCCGCUAUCAGUUCACAUCACCGGAGUGGGAUGACCGCUCUGAUACUGUGAAGGAUCUGAUCUCCAGGUUGCUGGUUGUGGACCCCAUACAGCGGCUGACAGCAGAGCAGGCUUUGGCUCACCCAUUCUUUCGCCUGUACCAGAAAGAUGUGCGGCUCUUUAGCCCUAGGAAAACUUUUAGGGUUCUGAUCUUGACCGUGCUGGCCGCCAUCCGCAUCCGAUUCCGCUACGUGCGCAGCAGGCCCGUGACACGCGACAUCAUGGCCAGGGACCCAUACUCGCUGCGGGGCGUGCGUAAGCUCAUUGACGGCUGUGCCUUCCGCAUCUACGGCCACUGGGUGAAGAAGGGCGAGCAGCAGAACCGCGCCGCCCUCUUCCAGAACACCGCUAAGAUCGUCCUGAUUGGGCUCGAGGAUUUUGAAACUUGAAAGGGCAAAGGUUAAAAGCUACAGUCCAACAACCCCACUCCCUCCGCCCAUAGCAACCCCACGCACAACACUGUAUUGUACUGCAUCAUGUCAUUUAAUAUUUUUAAUAUCAGGUCAUUAUUGGUUUUGUUUGUUAACAUAAUUGUUUUUAUGUGUGGUUUGGAUUCAUUGAUUCAGGAGUAGCCACCCUGCCAUCUUAGAGAGCAGUGGUGAGGUUUCUUUGCACCUCUGCACUUUACUUGUCAACUAAGAGAAGAGAUUGGUCUGAAAGUAAGGUGAUCUUAAUGUGCGAGGCUAUAGACACUGUGAAUUGUUAUCUUAAGAGUGCCUCAAUUGAAAGACCCCAUGCACUAUACCUUUCAAGGUUUAGGGUGGUCUACUUCUGUCAUGUGUGUUUAAAUCUGCAGGGGAAGCAGAGAUUCUGUGUUGGUUCAUGCAUUCAUUCCCCAGCUUUUUACUGAUAACCAUUUAGCUACCAUUCCUUCACACAUAAUGCGAAGGAUUUAUCUGAUGUUCUACCUUUGCUGUCCAUAUUUUCUUCCCAUCCUACUUUUAAUCUUGAUCUUUAUUAGAAUGUCUACAUCAAAGUUCAUUCCAUCUGUAAAGGGGAUCCAGACCUAAAGCAUAUUUGGCAUUCCCACUUGGUCAAAAACAAACCGGAACCGGGACCUUAAUGCAAAAAACAAUGUUACUGUACAAUUAUUGUUUAAUUUUUAAUCUGUUUGUUACGUCCUAAAUGAAGAACAUACAAGGUUGCUGUGGACUAAUUAAUUUUAACACUGUAGCCACUAGUUAGUCCCAUUCUGUUGUAGCUACUAUAUACCACUGGUCCAACUGAGAGCAGAUCAAAAUAGGCUGAACGCCCAAUAUACCAGAAAUACCCCUCUAAUAUAGAGAUACCUCAGAUAUUAUAGACUUUAUCCAGGGUCCAGGCUGUAAAAUACAGGGCAUGCUAGAGUACUGCAAACUGAUGACCUCAGAGAGUUUAACAAUGCUAUACUAUGCAAAACUAUAAUUAUGUGCACAAUAUUAUUAUUAUUCUUAUAGUCCAGGAGUGUGUAUGUGUUUAAGUUUAUCUUAUAGAAAGCAUGGUACAGUGGUGGCAAGUAAAAUGAUCAAGCACUCAUUUUGUCACAAGAGAGAAACAUACCACAAGCAUUGUGUUUAGAUAGAAAUAGUCAAUGCUAUUCUAACACUAUGCCAUUUAUACCAACCUCUGAAUGAAUACCCACCAUGACUAAAGACUCAAAACAUGACAUGACUAUUAAUCAGAGCACUUGGUCAUUUUUAUGCCGCUACUACUGAAAUUUAUAUUUCAGUAUUCCUUUUUCAAAAAUGUAUUGUUCCUAUAUGGUGUAAACUGCGAAAAGUGACAGUUUGUAUUAGGAUUUUGUCAGGUUGAUUGUAUUUUAAUGUUGGUAAUCUAAAAUGUUUAACCAGAGUAAAUUGAUCUUAUUAUCAUUCUAAAAUGUGUAAACCUACAACCUAAAUUGUAAUAUGCAAUUUUUGUAUUGUUGUACUAUUUAAUUUUAGAGUAUAAAAGCCAAGAACAAUAAAUAUUUACAAAACUAAA